UCCAGUCCGCACCCUGUCUACUUAUACUGGAGUGAAGAAUUGUCAUUGCAGGAUGCAGAUCUGAUAAUGCUUGCUUUGGCAUCUCAUGAGGUCCACUUCUCUAUUUUGCGUGAGGAUGUGCCACUCCCAAAUCAGGCAGAAACAGAAGGGAAACCGAAUAAACCUUAUCUGUUUUUGAACAUAUGGGUUCUGAGAGAGUACUUGGAGAUUGAAUUGAAGAUACUGGACCCAGUUUGCGAACCUAACAUUGAGAGGCUAAUAGAUGACUUCAUCUUUAUUUGUUUCUUGAUGGGAAAUGAUUUCAUCCCACAUAUUCCAUCACUUGAGACACAUGAGUGUGCGGUCGAUCUUCUAAUUGAAGUUUACAAAACAACCUUCAACAAAAUGGGAGGGUAUAUUGUCAACACAGAUAAAGUCAAAGAUAAGCAUGGUUCAUAUCUAGAAGUCUCAAGGUUGGAAAUAUUUUUUCAUGAACUGUCCAUGUAUGAAGAGAAAAUUUUUCUCAAAAGAUAUGAGCUGAAACAGGAUUUCUUGCAGAAGGAAUAUCGUAAAAUGUUGUGUGAAGCUUCAGAAAGUGAAAGACCAGAGCUGAGGCGAAAACUAGAUGACCUCCUUUUCAAUGAAGACCACCCAUAUGACAGAAUAAGACUAGGAUUGCCAGGAUGGAAAUCCCGGUUCUACAGGGAAUAUUUUCGUGUCGAAACUUCUAAUGAAAUUGGAAACCUGCAGAGCGAAAUGGUUCAGAAGUAUUUAGAAGGACUUUGCUGGUUGUUUCAGUGUUAUUUUGCGGAUGUACCAUCAUGGACCUGGUACUACCCAUUCUAUGUUGCUCCUUUCGUAUCUGAUCUCAAAGGUCUUUCUCAGUUUCAGAUAUCUUUCGCUUUGGACAAACCACUGCGACCAUUUGAUCAGCUCAUGGCAGUUUUGCCUUUACAAAGCUGGCUUAAGCUUGACCUCCCAUACUGUUACUGCUGCAAAUUUAUGGGACGAGAAGAAUACUAUCCGAAGUUGCAGACUGACAUAAAUGGGAAACAUUUCCUCUGGAGUGGCAUCUCUGAGGAACGGCUGCUUGCAAGCACCAAAGCGGUAGACGAAGAGCUGACGAUGGAUGAGAUGAGAAGGAAUACUACUCGGCAAGACAAGAUCUUUCUGCACAGGAACUCAAACGCUCUAGCACAUAUGAACGGAGUUAUUGCACAAACAUCACACUGUCCACUGCAGAAGCUUCCGAUAGAUUCAGCUACGAGUGGCAUUGGAGGGUGGUUGUCGCCUGAUGACAAUGCUGGUGGCCUGAGCAGCAGUUUCUUUCCCUCACCCAUAAAAAAUCUACAGGACAUCACAAAUGAUCAGGCAAUGUCAGCCACGUUCUUCAACCCUGAGGCUGUGAAUCCAACCCCAAGACUACUUAGCAAUGUCAGGGUACCUGAUAAGACUGUCACGGGAGCUGAUAUCUCAAAGAGGCCACUCUGGCACACGUACCCGGGCUCAAGGCCGCCACCGCCCAUGGUUCAGAGGCCGGAUUCUAUCUGGAAGCCGAGCACGCCGGCGACGCCGCGGGAAGAGCACAAGCACGCCGGCACGGGGUGGGCGGGGCGUGGCAGAGGGAACAACGCCACUGCCGCCGCCCAGGCGCAGCAGCUCGCCACCAGGAGCAGCAGCUACGGGCAUGGCACUGCCACCGACACGCCCCGGAGCAGCAGCAGCUACAGCUAUAGGAAAACCAGUUUCCAUCGGGUGGACAUGCCGCGAAGCAGCUGGUUCGACAACGAACCUGGAGAUGCGCAGCCACGUCGUUGGUAGGACACUCAUCCCAGGAAUCAGAUGUGCAUAGACUUGUUCAUCUCGUCUAUAGAGUUGUUCAUCUCACCGCCGUAUAUGUAAUGUUUGGGCAUUUGCUUCGAGAUGAAAUAAAUAAAAUACUUUGUGGCUAAAUGUAACGGAUUCACAGAAUGACAAGCCCAGGCCCAGUAGAAAGGCCCAGAAACAUUACAAGCCGAACAGAGGACUGACAAGAGCAAAUGGCCAACUGAAUCUGAAGAAAGUGGAGAUUUCACGGGAAGGAAAAUUUUGGAAACCAAAACGAAGAAGUGAAAUUCGAGUCACAUCUUGUAGUAGGAUCCUAGCACUUGUAAAAAAUGUCUAUGGAUGAAAUUUUAUCCAUCCUGAAUGUAACUCAGUUGCAUGUCGAUGAAUCUGUUAGGGAAGAAUCCUCCUGUCCACGACAUUAUCACUAUAUCAACAUUCUUGACGUAGUAUAAUGGGUGCCUAUUUGUCUUUUUGUUGUCCCA